UAUAAACAAGGGGUGGGUUGCAUCCCUGGGCUCACUUGCCUGCCUCCCUUCCUCCCUUCCAGCCAACUUCUCUCUUCCUGCUUUCCACUGACCUGACCGCCAUGCCCAAGGACCUGGACAUCACCCUUUGCAACAUGGUGGCCAUUUUCCACAAAUAUUCCUGCAAAGAAGGCGACAAGAACACGCUGAGCAAGAAGGAGCUCAAGGAACUCAUCCUGAACGAGCUGACCAUCGGAGAGAAGCUGAAGGAGGCGGAGAUCCAGGGCCUGAUGUCCGACUUGGACCGCAACAAGGACGACUGCAUCUGCUUCUCGGAGUUCAUGACCUUCAUGGGGGCCAUGGCCAUGUGCUACAACGAGGUGCUGACCGGCUCCUCUUAGGGGCGGAGCCACAAGGACGGGGAGGCCCCGC